AUGUUGAUAAUCUUUUUUAGUCAUUAAGCCGGUUUAUAUUCACAUCACUGACUACAACAAACAAAGACAUCACUACUCUCUCUCUCUCUCUCUCGGUCUCUCACUUCUCACCUUCAGCGACACGUUCUCUUCUCCUCUUCACUCUCCUUCCUCUCUGCAAAUGCAUGUAUUCCUAAAUCACUAAAUGGGCAAAGCCUCCAAAUGGUUUCGAGCCGUUCUCGGCUUCAAAAAAUCCGACCCGGUUCCGCCCCAUCAGACCCACCAACACCAACAAACGGCCAAUCGUCCCAAGGAGACAAAAAGGUGGAGCUUCGUGAAAUCAUACAGAGAGAAAGAUAGUAAAAACCACAGCCACAAUUACAAUCACUCACAACAGCUCACUGCCCAGGAGGUUUACAAUGAAGAGGAUCCAAACAAACACGCGAUUGCAGUGGCUGCUGCUACGGCAGCAGUUGCGGAGGCGGCCGUUGCAGCCGCUCAUGCAGCGGCGGAGGUUGUUAGGUUGACGAGCAGUAGCGGAAGAUGUGUCGCUAAUAACAAUAACAAUACAGCAGUGGCGUACGUGAGCGAAAACAGUAAUAGUCACUGUUGGCGUGAAGAUUUAGCUGCUGUUAAAAUACAAUCCGCUUUUCGAGGCUACUUGGCAAGGAGGGCUUUGCGAGCUUUAAAGGCAUUAGUAAGGCUUCAGGCACUGGUAAGAGGUCACAUUGAGAGGAAGCGAACUACAGCGUGGCUUCAUCGAAUGCAAGCAUUAUUGAAAGCCCAGGCACGAGCACGUGCUGGACGUGCACACAUCUCUGAAUCGUCACAUUCAAGUAGCAAGUCUUCUCACUUUCACCACCCUGGUCCACCGACCCCUGAAAAAUUUGAACAUGCAACCCGAGCUAGGAGUGGAAAAUAUGAACAGUCAUCAAUUCUCAAGAGGAUUGGAUCAAAAUCUAUUGGCAUGGAAAUCGGUGAUGAAGACAGAGCACACAUAUCCUUUAAUUGGUCAGAUCGUCGAAUGGAUGAAAGAUCAUGGGAACAAAGAGUGCCUUCGGCGAGAAGUGGGACCUUAGAUGAUGAAAAGAGUGACAAGAUCCUUGAAAUCGAUACUGGAAAACCCCACUUCACUUCUAAGCGCAGAAACCUUUUUCACUCCCUUCAAACCUCAACCCCAGAUCAAUAUAGCCAUAGCUUCACAAAUUCAAAAGACUCGAUAGUCCAUCAAACAGUUCCAAGUCCAUCAUCUUGUGAAGUCCAAUCUUUAACACCGUUGAAAUUUCCUCGGGAGGAUGAGGAGGCCUUGUGCACGGCUGAAAAUAGCCCACAGUUCUAUUCUGCAUCAUCAAGGGGUGGCAGUGGGAGGAGAAGUCCCUUCACUCCUAGUAAGAGUGAUGGCUCAACAAGUUUUUUAAGUGGUUAUUCAGACUACUUUCCAAAUUACAUGUCUUAUACUGAAUCUUCAAGGGCUAAAGUGAGAUCCCUCAGUGCUCCAAAACAAAGGCUGCAAUAUGAGAGAUCAAGUUCGAUGAAAAGGUACUCAAUACACGGCUUUGGCGACAUAAGAUCGAGCAGUGCACAGAGAGCUUCAGCUCUGAGAGCAAGCUUUGCCAGCAAAGCAUACCCAGGAUCUGGUCGAUUGGACAAACUUGGAAUGCCAAUCGGGCAGAGAUACUAGUACUUACUCUUGAAGGACUGUAGUUUUGGGGAGUAUAGCUUCUAAUCUGGCUAACUGAUGUGACUUGGUUAAUACAUAGACUGCUAGUUUGUCUAAGUUGCGUUCUUAAGUUUUUGAUGUUAGUUGAUAUGUGUAAUUUGACCAAACACUAAGAAUCCAAUUGUGAUAUCUCAUAUUUAAGUGUAUCUAUUUCCUAUAUCAAGGCAAGUCUGGCAUAGUUUUUAACA